AUGACGACCCAACACCAUCCCUCGUCCUUCAGCCCAGGCGGUGGGCAAACCGACUUUGGUCCCGUUCGAACCAACAACUCCAAGGCGGAAGACAGGGACAAAAAGGGUCCCAUCGCCGCACCCGUAAAGAGCGCCUGCACCUUCUGCCGUUCCAGAAAGUCGCGCUGCGAUGGCAGCAAGCCUUGCUCCGCUUGCGUCGGCAGAGGCCGUCCGGACGAAUGUCUCUACACCGUCUCUCGCCGCGGAGGAAAACCCAAGCCGAAGGUCGACCCCACAACCGACCUCCAGAACCACCUCAACAAGCUCUUUGCCAUCACAGACAUGCCCUACGCUUUUCGUCGUCCCGGUGGUCUCGCCGGCCCGCCCGCCGGUGACCUGGGCCUUGCUCAAUCCAUGCAAUCCCAGCAGAUCCAGCCACAUUCAGACAUCUUUGGCGUCCCCAACCAGUACCAGCCCUUCGACCCUUCAGUGCUCCAGCCGUCUGCGGUCCAAGCCGGUAUGCCUGUGCAGCAGCAGCAACACCAACUGCAGCUUGCUCUCGCACCCGCCCACCCGGCCGUCGCCGCUUUUUCCCUCAACGACCCGUUCGCUCCCAUCCCAGGUUUCAACCCAGGCGGUUUCAUGCGCUACCAGCUCCCCGACGCGCCCAGCCAGUCCUCCGUCUCGGGCGGCGGACCGGCUCACUUGCAACCGCAACCGCAAUCGCAACGACAGCCACAGCACCAGCCACAACAGCAACCCCAACAACAGCACCAACAACAGCACCCACAGCAGCGGCCCACCCAAGACUUUGCGCCACACAAACCCGCCGACUUCAGUCCUUCCGCAGUGCCUCAACAGCAUGCCCAAUCCGUUUCGGCGACACAACAGGGCGCUCAAGCUGGCAGGCGCGACCCUCUGUCCCCUCACAGCCUCGUCCUAGACGCAUCGCACCACCCCUCGGGCCCCUCACCGCAGUCGAACGCCAGCCCAAGUACCUGGCAGCAUGCCGAUGAAGCCAUGGCCGCCUACCACGCCAGCUCCGUUGCCGCGGCCAGCUCGUCGGGCCAGUCCAGCUCCUCCCGCAACACCUCGGUCGACAACGCCGUCGAUUCGGCCAAGAUGUAUCCGGCCUCGUACAAGUCGCUCAACGCUGCCGCCGCAGAGGCAGGCAGCGUCAGGGCGCUCCUCACCGACUACUACCGCUACCUCUACCGCUUCAUCCCCGUCCUCCCGCCGCCCAAGCACAUCGAUGUCCUCAUCAAGUACUUCAGCCCCGACUCGGCCUUCAUCUACGCGCUCCAGUGCGUGCUGCCGCUGCUCCGCGACGAGAUCCAGCCCAUCGGCGCGCUUCACAAGCUCUCGGGCCAGGGCAUCAACUUUGGCUCCGAAGAGAAGAAGGCGGCACUGCGCGAGCGCACCCUCGCCUACGAGCGCAAAGCCACAGACGGCCUCGACCACCUGCUCGAGCAGGCCGACACCGACGACACCGGCGAAAAGAUGCUCGAGGCCGUCCAGACGCUGUGCGUGCUCGUCGUGUACGAGUACGGCAGCGGGCGCGCCAUCAAAGCGCGCCUCAAGGCCGACCAGGCGCUCGGCCUCGCCAUGGGCCAGGGCCUGCACAAGCUCAGCCACACCACCUCGCCCAACGAGGCCAAGUCGGCGCGCAGCAGCUUCGCCUACAUCUCCAACGCUCAUCACCCGCUCACCUCGCUGGGCGUGGAUCCCAGCGACAUCUUUGAGAUGCGCAAGCGCUGCUGGUGGUCCGUCUGGAGCUUGGUGCUCUGGGCCGCCUACAACACCGGCCGCAUCCCUACCAUCCGCGCCGACGAUCCACGCGUCAAGAGCGAGAUGCCCGUCGCCUCGGAUCCGUCCGUCUGGACCUCGGACAUCAGCUCGUUGCAGGCGCUGCUGCUCGUCCAGGAUCGCGUGCUCGCGCUCGCACAGUACGGCCACACGCUCGACGCCUCGGACGCCCGCUACGACCCGGCGCGUCGCGAGGUGUCCAUGUCGCCGUCUUCGUCGGGCACCUCGCCCUUCUCAUUUGGCCGCCUCGGAGUCUCGCGGUCGGGCUCGGUCAGCAGCGAUGAAGCGCCUACCGUCUUCCACGCGCUACCUACGCGUGCCACGCGCCAAGAGAUCCUGGACAGCAUGCUCGAGAUCGACCAGUUCCUGCAGGAGCAGAUCCGCAUCCACGAAUCCACGCACACGCCCGACUCGCCGCUGCCUUCCGAGGUGCCGCAAACCGGCGACCUCGCGCACGUGGAAAAGGAGCUGGAAGACUCGCUGCGCCAGGCGGCGGCGGUGCAGUUAUACACCUCCUCGCUCACCCUGCACAUUGGACAGGCGUUCCAAGGCGCCUCGCUGUUCGAACGAAAGCUCUGCUUCCUCAACUCGAUCAAGGACAACAAGGACGGCUCGGGCGAGACAGCGGUGUGCCGCGAGCCCAUGCCUGCGUUAAGCUUCGACAAUGUCAUGCAUGCCGCGCCAUUCGUCGGCACCAACGGCAAUGGCAGCGGCACCGAAGUCAACGACGCGAGCAGCUUGAUGGCGUCGCCUGGACCGGGCGUGCAGACGACGUCGUUGACGCAGCAGGACCUGUAUGCGCGCGGACCUUUCCUUCCGAGGCUGUCGCUGCAGCGAUGUGUGCAUGCCAGUCGCAAGCUGCUCGACAUUGCCAAGCGUCGGCACGGCCAGUCGGUGAACCCGAACCCGUUCAACUGCUGCAGCUUUGUGUUGAUCAGCUUCGUGCUGCUCAUGCAGGCACUCGCGGUGCACGGCGGAUUUGCGGGCGAGGGCGACGAGUCGCCGCAGGACGACGGCAUGUUUGGCUUCCAAGACGGCGCAUCGUCCAACGGCGGCAACGAUCAGGGCCACUAUGCCAAUGAGAGCCUGCAGCGUCUGCUCGAGCAGUCCAACACGGACGACGACGCCAUGAUGGACAGCUUAGAGGCCUCGGCAGAUCCUGCCAAGCAGGCACAGCUGCGCGACAUUUGGGACCGCGUCCGCGAGGCGCGGGACACGCUCGUCGAUCUGGGCAAGCACUGGGAGGCGGUGGUGCCCAUGGCCGAUGAGGUCAACAUGUGCCUCGAAACCUCACAGCUGCUGCUCAGCAACGCCUACUAA